GUCCGUGAGGCGGCGCCAUAUUGGAUAUUCCUCCUCUUACCGGUUCUCCCCGGACGUGUGCCUCCGCCUGUCGCCCAGCCUCCGGCAGUCUCUGCUCCGCGGGCUCAGGUAUGAGGGAUGCUAGCGACGCGACGCACCGUCACCGACUCACGCUCCGCACCGCCAUGUUCCUCCGGGCAGCGGCACCGCGUCACCGGGCGGAGGAAUCCGGUUAGAGACCCACCUGAGGAGGAGCGGAGGUGAGGAAGUGGCGUGCAGGUUGAGGAAGACAUAAUUGGAUAGAGAUAACUCCGCCGAGGCAUGAUGUUCACGCUCACGGAGGUUGCGUCCCUGAAUGACAUUCAGCCGACGUACCGCAUCCUAAAGCCAUGGUGGGAUGUCUUCAUGGACUACUUGGGACUGGUCAUGCUCAUGCUUGCCAUAUUCGCAAUGACCAUGCAAAUCACGAAGGACCAGGUGGCGUGCCUUCCUUGCCUGGAGGACCCAGAGCAGACGCCAGGAGCUACACCUGGUUCAUUCCCCCAGCAGCCCGCACAAGAAACAGCCUCAACUGCAUCCACCAGGGCCCCAGUGGGGUCAACCGUCCCCUAUAUUACCAAGGACUUACCGGACGAAGUAGUCCACGAGCUCCACACCACACAACAACACACUACGGGGUUGUCAGAGAAUUAUCCCAAUCAACCUCCACCAACUGGAAUCAAGACCAAUCUGGACUAUCAACAGUAUAUCUUCGUCAACCAAAUAUGUUACCAUGUUGCCUUGCCCUGGUACUCCAAGUACUUUCCAUACCUCACUCUCAUCCACACUAUUGUUCUCAUGGUCAGUAGCAACUUCUGGUUCAAAUACCCCAAAACAAGCUCCAAGAUCGAGCAUUUUGUUUCCAUUCUAGGCAGAUGCUUUGAGUCUCCCUGGACAACCAAGGCUUUGUCUGAAACCGCUUGUGAGGACUCUGAGGAGAACAAGCAGAGGAUGACCGGCACCUCCUCAGUACCAAAACAGGUAUCUUUAGAGGGGAAGGACGAGAGCGUCAACUCGUCAACUCCCAUGCUUGGGGUGAAGUUUUCCGCAGAUAAGCCCAUAGGGGAGGUCCCUAGUAGUAUGACAAUCCUGGACAAAAAAGAUGGGGAGCAGGCAAAAGCCUUAUUUGAGAAAGUGAGAAAAUUCAGAGCUCACGUGGAAGACAGCGAUUUCAUCUACAAGCUUUAUGUAGCACAGACCAUUGUCAAAACCGUCAAGUUUAUUUUGAUAUUGUCCUACACUUCAACCUUUAUGGCUAAGAUUAAUUUUAAGCACAGCUGUGAGCCUGAUAUCAAACAGCUGACAGGAUACAGAAUUUUCUUCUGUACACACAACAUGGCGUUCAUGCUGAACAAGCUGCUGAUCAGCUACAUGGCUUUGAUUUUGAUCUAUGGCAUGGCGUGCUUGUACUCACUCUUCUGGGUGUUUCGGCGACCCCUGAAAGAGUACUCGUUUGAGAAGGUCAGGGAGGAGAGCAGCUUUAGUGACAUUCCUGAUGUCAAGAACGACUUUGCAUUCCUCUUACACAUGGUUGACCAGUAUGACCAACUCUACUCCAAGCGCUUUGGUGUCUUCUUGUCUGAAGUCAGUGAAAACAAGCUGAGGGAGAUCAGCCUCAAUCACGAGUGGACCUAUGAAAAGUUGAGGCAGCUCGUGGGCCGUAACGCACAGGACCAGCAGGAGCUGCACCUUUUCAUGAUCUCCGGCCUCCCCAACGCAGUGUUUGACCUCACCGACUUGGAGGUGCUUAAACUGGAGCUGAUUCCUGAGGUGCGGUUCACGGCAAAAGUCUCUCAGAUGACCAGCCUGCAGGAGCUGCAUCUCUGCCACUGUCCCGCCAAAGUAGAGCAGACAGGCUUCGCUUUCCUCCGCGACCAUCUUCGCUGCCUUCACGUCAAGUUCACCGAUGUUGCAGAGAUCCCAGCUUGGGUGUAUCUGCUAAGGAGUUUGAGGGAGCUAAACCUCAUCGGCAACUUGAGCUCGGACAAUAAUAAAAUGAUCGGUCUUGAGUCCAUGCGAGAUUUGAGGCAUUUAAAGACAUUAUGCCUGAAGAGCAACCUCUCUAAAAUGCCUACAAACAUCACUGAGCUUUCCCCACACUUAAUUAAAUUAGUCGUGCACAACGAUGGUACCAAACUGCUUGUACUUAAUAGUCUAAAAAAGAUGACAAAUCUGAUUGAACUGGAGCUGCACAGCUGCGAAAUAGAGAGGAUUCCCCACGCUAUUUUCAGCCUGACCAACUUACAGGAGCUGGACCUGAAAUCUAACAACAUCCGCACCAUUGAGGAGAUCAUCAGCUUCCAGCACAUCAAGAGGCUGACGUGCCUGAAACUGUGGCACAACAAAAUAAUCACCAUUCCAUCCUCCAUCGUGCAGGUCAAGUCCCUGGAGUCUCUCCACCUCUCGCACAACAAGCUGGAGUCUUUGCCUCCGGCCUUGUUCGUACUGCCCAAACUGCGGCACUUGGAUGUCAGCCACAACUCCAUCUCGGUGCUGCCUCCAGAUGUCGGCCUCCUCCACAACCUCCAGCACCUGGCCAUCAACUCCAACAAGCUGGAGGUGCUGCCCAAGCCUCUGUUCAGGUGCACCAAGCUCAAGGUGCUGUGUCUGGGGCAGAACGCGCUCACCGUGCUGCCGGAGACGGUGGGUCAGCUGGUGCAGCUCACGCAGCUGGAGCUCAGAGGGAACUGUCUGGACAGGCUGCCCCCCCUGCUCGGAAACUGCCGCCUGCUGCGCAAAAACGGCCUGGUUGUGGAGGACCACCUCUUUGACACACUGCCUGUGGAAGUCAAGGAGAGCAUGAGCCGAGAGACCAACGUGUCCUUCACGAGCGGCUUAUAGCACAGAAACACAGACAGGCCUGCAGCUCUGGUGGUUCUUAACGUGUCAGUGUAACAGGAGGAAAACACUUUUUAUUAUUGUAACAUCAACCCAAAUUAAUGCAUUUUCUGAUUGUUUUUUAUGGGUUGUAUUUGCUUAUGUAGAACAACACAAAUUCCAUUUUUUUGUUGCUGAGUUUGUGUCUAAUUCAGCAGGUUGUUUUUGCCUUUAGCUUUUUCAUAGCUUUAAUAGAAGAUUUGAAAUUUUGCUCCUUUGUAGACCAAUCUGUUGCUCCAGUGACACAGUAUGUAGACGUAUCAUUGUUUUAGGUACUCAGGUGUAAUUGUUACCAUGGGGAACAAUCUUUUGCCUUACCUGCUGCUACACACGCUUAAGGCCAAAUAGAAAUUUACAUUUUUCUUAGUUGGCAUUUUCCAUAUAACAAUUUCUUUAUGUUGGGGAAGCAGACACAAUGCAGUGGUCUUUUCUUGGUUUUAUAUGACCUGUGUAGAAUUGAUAUAACCUUUUAUUUUCCUUGAUGUCUUAUAGCGAAUUGAAUGAGCAUAGUGUUAUAAACCUCAGGUGGAGACUAAGCACCAGAAAUUAACCUUUACUGAUGUAGAGAUUGUAUACUAAGGCCUGUAGCACAACAAAAUGAUCCCCCUCCCGUCCUCCAUCGGGCAGGUCAAGUCCCUGGAGUCUCUCCACCUCUCCCACAAUAAGCUGGAGUCUUUGCCUCCAGCCUUGUUCACUCUGCCCAAACUGCGGCACUUGGAUGUCAGCCACAACUCCAUCUCGGUGCUGCCUCCAGAUGUCGGCACAGACAGGCAUGCAGCUCUGGUGGUUCUUAACGUGUCAGUGUAACGGAAGGAAAAUACUUUUUUUAUUAUUGUAACAUCAACCCAAAUUAAUGCAUUUUCUUGAUGUUUUAAUUGGUUUUAUUUGCUUAUGUAGAACAAUACAAAUUCCAUCUUUUUGUUGCUGAUUCUGUAUUAGGGCUUGGCAAAUGACUUCAAAUAAAUAUCACGAUAUUUCAAACUUUUACCUCAAUUAUGAUUGAUGAAUGAUUAUUUAACCCCAAUUUGAUGAAUUACUCUGCCCCAGUCAACAAAUGAUUCUGCAUGGAAGGUAGCGGAACCUGACCAAAUUAACCGACAGGAGCAAACUUACAUUUGUAAGAGGUUAUAAAUGUUGGUUUGUAUGAAUUUUCGGUUAAUUGCCCAGCCCUAGUAUGUCUCUAAUUCAGCGGUUUGUUUUUAGAUUUAGGUUUUUCAUAGCUUUAAUCGAAAAUUUGAAAUUUUGCUCCUUUAUAGACCAAAACUGUUGCUCCAGUGACACAGUAUAUAGACGUAUCCUUGUUUUAGGUACUCAGGUAUAAUUGUUACCAUGGGGAACAAUCUUUUGCCUUAACUGCUGCUAUUUUGUAAAGUGAAAGCUUUCACACACUUAAGGCCAAAUAGAAAUAUUUCAUUUCAUUGUCAGUUUUUAUCCACAUAUUAAUUUCUUUAUGUUGUGGAAGCAGACACAAUGCAGUGGAAUUUUCUUUUGUUUUAUUUAACUUUUGUUGAAUUCAUACAAUCUUUAUUUUCCUUGAUGUCUUGUGGCGAAACGAAUGAGCUUAGAGUUGUAAACCUCAGGCGGAGACUAAGCACCAGAAAUGAACCUUUACUGUUGUAGAGAUUGUAUACUAAGGCCUGUAGUACUUUUUUUGCCUAAUGAGAACACUAUGAUUUAAAGAUAAGUGACUUUCUUUUGUGAACAGGUUCUACGACCAAUGUCAGCUGAUUAAAGGGAAAUCUGUAAACCACCUUUUGAUGCUUAAAAUUUUUUAAUGUGAGACAAAACCACUCACUGGCAUGUCUGACUAUCCCACAUGUCAGAAAUAAACACGUCUGCCUUCUUUCUUCACAAUGUAUUUCUGUGUAGGCUUACAUAUGUGCUCCUCUGAGCUGCUGUACCACCUCGGUGAUCCUGUGCUCAGAGUUCACAAGUUUAUGGCACAAUAAAGCAAGAUUUCAGAUGAA